AUGAGAACGCUCGACGCCAUUCAUCUUGAUACAGCAUCUUUACUCAGCCCACUCAAUGUGCCGACAAAGGAUCAAGCAACCUCUGGAUUGGUGUCGUUGAUGUCCAUGAUGCCUCCCUCAACUCUCUUCUUUAUCAAUGCUUGGACGUGGGGAUAUGAAGAUAUUUAUAAGGCCGUAGCACGUGCAUUCCAUUCCAAGAUACACCUUGACCGGUAUAAGCAUUCCAUCUACUUGCAUAUUGAAGGAGAUCCCUUCUUGCAAAGCAUCAUCACACGAGAUGCAGCGAGCACGCGAUUCCAUGCAUGCGAACGUUUUAAUCGCUGUGAGCACGUGUCGGCAGAUGGACAGGGUGUUCGGGCGCCGUCUGUCGCUGCCAACAUGACCCCUAGUCUGAGUAAUAAUGGCACCCACGUCGUAUAUGUGAACCCGGUCACCAUGGGUGUUGCUGGCUGGGACCUGUAUUUGUCGGAAAUGACGGAAAAGUUAAAACGGAGAGAAGUUGUCAAUCACCUACUGGUACCGCUCUCACGACACUCGCCCCUUCCCGAGCUGCAAGCGUUUGUAUCGCUAUUUAAACCCAAGUGUCUUAUACCCAACACCCUAGACCCUGCCUUAAAAGGCUUGGACUGGGCAUGUAUGCGCCAGAUGUUUUCAGGAUGCCUGGCAUCUAGUGGUCCCGAAUCAACUGCAGAUGACGCCGGAUACGAAUAUCUGCCCGUAGGAAAGGACAAUAUAAACCUUGACGCUCAGAAGAUAGCUUCCAAUAUACACUCUGAAGCGGGAGAGGAUGUAGCGCUGAAGAACUUGGAAGGCGAAGGUGCGCGAGAGGUUGCUGAACGGUGGGCGGAUAAUGGCAAGCUUCGUAAGAAAUUGGAGAUGAUGAAACAGUACUUGCGAGGUAGGGAGCUACGACUGGUGGAACGCGUGCUGGAUUCUGAGGGAGGAACAAUGGAGUCUUCCGAUCAAUUACCUGAAGAGGUUCCGACACACUCGUUGUCGGAUGCUCCUCUAGGAUAUCUCACAAGCAAGUCAUUUCAGGGUCGAGCCACACUGGCAGAGACGGCGAACGCCUUGGCGCGCAUCCACUUCAUGCGACCGUCUCAUACCCAACGAGCGAGCGACGAGGAGACGGAUGGGGAGAGUGACAAUGAAUACCAAAGAGGCUUGACCGCGUAUCAUAUUUUUGGGCCCAGAACCCACGGAGGUCCAAAUUCAGCAUGGACGCCCCAGACGAGCUCGUCUCCCGUCGCGACUCCUAGGUCGAGCCCUGUACGUAGAGGAGAAAGGAAACGGCCACUGGCGACGUUACCACUUACACCUCGGAUCCAACAUGAUUCACAAAAUAUCUCCACGACAUCGUCGCCUAUUGCUCUCUCAUCUGGUCCGGCAUCUAAGCGUGCCAGAAAUUUGAUUUCCCUAUCACCUUGCACCCGAAUAUCAUCAUCAGUUCAAGCCAAACGUCAUCUUGGCUCUUCUGUUCAGUUAUCCCCCCUUCAAACUGCGACCAACGGCAGACUCAAGCGAAGUAUUCUACAGAUACCUACUCCAAAAACGGUAUUUAAACAUUGUCGAAAAUUGAAUCACCAGCAAACGGCCCCACCGAAAUUUGAUAGACAGCCUGGACAAUCCUCUCAGGUACGCAAAUCCCCUGCGCCACUCGAAAUUUCAGCGGAGAACAUUACCUCUCCGUCUGUCAAUCGGUGUCUUACUGGGACGAGACAAGAAAUGGAUUUGGUCUACUCCGCAAAUGGGUUCGACGAGUCUCACGGGCAGAGUGAACGGCGCAAGAUAAUUGUGGAACAAGACAGCAAGGCUUCGGAAUCUGCUCGUCCCUCUCAACGGCACGAUAUUUCCGAGGAUGUGAACUUGGACUUAGCUUCACAUGGCAUUCUGCGUGCUACAAGGCCGACACCGACACUCAUGCACUUUGCAACCGCUUCGGAUAUAUCGCCUACCCGGCCGAGCAAAUGUGUCUCAUCUCGAUCAGAGGUCUAUGUAAGUGACAGACAACGUAAGCAAGCAUUAAGGAUCGAACGACUAGAAAUCGCGGAGAAGCUGUCGCUUGCAAGACCAGACCUCGUCACGCCUAAGCUUGCGGCUAGACUUCGCCGUUCUAAGUCUCAUUUUCUCCGCAGCAACGAGCGGAAGCAGCGGAUCUGUAGCCAGCAAAGCUCGAAGUCAAAUUUUGAGCGAGAGGUAGAUGAAACGCCCGCUCCAUCGUGCACUCGAACGACUAUCCAGACGCUAAAUCGACACUCUCCUCAAGAUGGUGGGCAUGCCAUUCGAUACGAUGUCAAUCGCAGCCGCAAGUUGGCCGAAGAAUUCAAAGACGAGCUGGGCAGGGGUAGAAGACCGGGAAUUGUCAUACCUCUACCACACUCCAGCACUAUCCCUAUCCAGCCUGGAGCAUCUGGCUCGGCGAUCCCAUUUGCUGCGCGUGCACAGGAGCCUCCUGCUCAUGCAAUCGACCACUAUGAGUCAUCUUACAGUGGGUGGUCAUCAUUAGUGCCGUCUUCGAUGAGCCGUGGCGACAUCAAAUUGAUGCAGAGGCCGAUGGUUUCCACUCUGCCUCAGGUUGAAGCUGCUCAAUUUCCCAACGCAUCUGGUUUCGGCGAGCUCAAGCCUGUUGGCAAGACCGCUGCGAUUCAAGCAUUGGCAGCCACCCGCAUAGUCUUCGUGAUGAAGGCUCUAGCAUUCUACGCUGAGGACAUGAGUAUUCUACUAGUAUCUGCCCGACUAUUGAACAUAAGGGAAUUGGGCAUCUCGCGCCAAAUAGGCGCCUCCAAGAGAGAAGAGACGCCUCCAAGGGGGCGAAAAGCGAGCAACACGAUUUUUCUAAGUGCGUUUUCAUACGGCCCCCCAAAUCCGGCGUCCCCACCAGAAGGUUAUGCUCCACCUGGCGCGAGGUCAGAGGUGCUUGGAGUCGAUGUUCCGAUACCCAAAAAGCUUCUAUGUGAAGAAAUAUCAUUGGAGACCAGCGAUCGUAUCACCCUACAUGGAAUUUUAGUUCAAGAGGACGUCCCAGUGAUAUCAAGACCUAAACAGCCGCAUGUGGUUAUACUGUACCUGCAAGGAAAUGCGGGAAAUCCUCUAAGCCGACUGCCGGUCUUUGAGAGACUUCUUGUCGGCUCCCCUCUCGGACGUCCAGCGAGGGCACUGCACAUAUCCAUUCUUGCCGUUGCUCCCCGCUCAUAUUGGAAGUCAUCAUCACGUACUCCCACGGAACACGGGAUUGUCUCAGACUAUAAACAUACUCUCUCGCACAUCGCUUAUCAGUAUCCAAAUUCUUCAAUCGUCCUUUACGGUCACUCGCUGGGUGGUUCUAUCGCUGUUUGUCUGGCCUCGCAGCUCAGCAACGCAGAUUAUCCCACCGUUAAAGGGUUGAUUCUCGAGAAUCCGUUCAGCUCUAUCCCCGACAUGCUACGAGCUUUGUAUCCACAGCGCUGGCUUCCUUAUCGUUACCUCACGCCCUUCGCAUUCGACCGGUGGGAUGCUAUCUCCGCGAUGAAGAUAGCUCAUCACCAGCAGUCCUCGCUUCUAGCGCGGCUUUCAAAAGAAAUGCUGGUUCUGCUCAGCGAGAAGGACGAAAUGGUACCUACAUCUAUGGGGAUGGCGUUGUACAGCGCAAGUGAGCAGUCGGAUCCUGCUGGUGCGAGCACACGGGAUCACGGUGCUGGACGAUCGGCCAAACGCCUAAUUGUGAUUCGCGGCGCCCUGCAUGAACAUGGAUGGAUGGAGCGAGAGUGGUUAGCUGUAAUGACCGAGUAUCUACAAGAAAUACAGCGGCGUUGA